GACAGAAGGAAAAACUAUCAGAGCCGCCUAAAAAGACCAAACGUGAAAUUUUUGAUUUGCCCAGAUCUGAAGUUGUGAAAAAACACAACUUCAGAUCUGCCAAAGAUGCUUUGGAGGGACAAAAGUUUUAUAAGGACAUGGCUCCACAGAGGAUUCCCCAAAGGUUCCUUGAUGAACAGGAGAAAAAAAAGAAAGCUGAAAUGCAAAAGUCUUUGACUGCUGCUUGGGACGAUCAAGUUGAAUACAAACGGCAGAACAAGAUAGAAAUGGAGAAGAUGAAAAAGCAGGAGUUGCAUUCCUUGAUGGAAUCGGACCGGCUGCAUAGGUUGAAAGAAAUUGAGAAAAAGAAGGAGAAGCAGCAGAGAUUCAGCACCCAGGAGAAGACUAAACCAAUCAUUAGGGAGGAAAUUAGAAGACAGAGAGAAAUAUUUCAGAGUGGAAAUGGCCCAAAGGAAGGUUUCCAAUCCAAAUUGGUACAACACAAGAGUGAGAGCAGGUUUCCUGAACUGGUCCCAUCUCCAGAGGACAGUAAAAAUGUUGCUCAUAAAAAGCCAGUUUAUCACAAAGUUCAGGAGACUCUGCCAGCAGCAGCACCAGAGAGAAGUGGGUCAAAGUCCCUUGUGGGAAGAAGAAUGGGACAUUCCGCUGACAAACCGGAUGUGCAUGCUGGCCACAAACCGGAUGUCCAUUUUGGUUACAAACCUCACGUAAAUUCAUAUCGCAAACCUGAUGUCUAUUCUCCUGAGGUAGAAGAGAUGCGUUCGAAUGACAAACUGGAUGUGCUUUCUCUUGAGAAACCUGAUGGACAUCCUACUCACAAACAUCACCGGCAUUCUACUGAAAAACAUCACAGACAUUCUACUCACAGACAUCGCGUGCCUUGUACUCGCUUGUAUUUUGGGCAAAAUCCUCACGACGUUCUUUGGCAUCGUACUGACGAACAUGACGGGGAUCCUAGUCACGGCCAUUAUGUGGAUCCUAUUGACAACCAUGACGACGUAAAAACCAGCAAUCCUUCACUCGGUCAUGAGAAAGUUGGCAGUACCGAGCCUGUCAAACUUCCCUCACUGAAAUCCAAGACUGUGCGCUUCCAUGACAAUUCCCCAAAAAGUAGCAAGAGGGUAAAAUUCCCAUCUCUUCCCUGAAUCGACUGGAUGAUGUUUGUCAGCUGGCCAAGGAGUGCGACCCAAGUGGUUCAACUUUGAACUAACAUCUUUGUGAGAUUGUUCGUCAGCUACGUUAGACAUAUAUUAGCAAACGCCAGUUACCCGAAAGAUGGAUCAAGACAGAGUCGCAAUAACAUGACACCACCGCAUUUGUUCCUGUUCUGAAGAUCCUGGCUGAGCAGUGAAAGAAUGGCGUCUGAAGGAGCACGGCCUGCAUAUCUUAUGACAAGACAUUUCUAGACAACUGUUUAAUUGUCUAUGAAAGAAAGAAAGAAAAUCAACGAGUCCCUGGUCUGUAGAGAGGAAGAGCAGAACGAACUCAGAAUCCUGUCCCAAAGUGUAACAUUCACACCGACCACUGGAGAGUAACCUGAACACAACCCGAUCUCCCGCUUCCUCAUGAGAAACAUGCGCUCUGUCAGACGUUGAGCAUUCCUAACAUGAGACGGGCGCGGCGUUGCUACAGGAAUUUAGCGUGAGGCUUCAUGUCUUUUAUGCCACUCGAGCGCCCAGUCAGCACGUCUACCUACAGCUCAGAAAGAAUCAACACUUGUUAAACGAUGGCUGACCGAGGGCUAAACGAGACGUGCAGGUCGUCUUGUGCCUGCUCCUCAGCAGUGGUCGGCGUUUUCAGAGCAUCAUCAGGGAGGAAAAACGGAAGGCUGAGGGAUUCCCCAUCUGGAUUUCACUUCACUGUCUGCACACGUUUAUGACUCAAAGAUUCUCCCAGAGAAACAGAAAAACUACCUAAAGAAGAAGAGUGACGACAACGUGAACACCGACGAAUGGUUCUGGUUACUGUUUGGGUCACUCUUUGCUUUAUAGCCACUGUCAGAAACCUAUUGUUGUUUUAGACACAUCUGUGUCUAAAACACAGAUGUGUCAUUUAGACACAUCGUCUCAUAACACAGGGCAUUUUUGAAGGAAAUGCUGAUUAAUAACAGUGGAAGCAGUGAAUACUACAGUUGGCUGGUUAAUCAGCUGCAUGUCUGUUUUAAUCAGGGAUAAUGAGGAGAACAGGCCCACGUUUGCUGCGAAUGAUUAAAGAGCUUUGGUUGCAUUAGGCAGCUCAACCUGUAAUAACUAAUUGUAAAAUGGU